AUGAUAAGUUAAGUAGUGUGUACAAAGAUCUCUCCUAAAAACUUAAUGGAUGGAUAGAGGAAAGAAUUAGUAACUCUAAGUUCACCUUCUCUUUAAAACGAAGGCAAUAAAAAUAAGAAAAUAGAAGAAAUGAAAGGAAGAACAAAUAAUAUUGUGCCUGAUUAUCUUCUUUUCCAAUUAUAUCGUUAUUAGAGAAAUCUGAAGCCACAGUUACACACCAUAAUCAAUAUUGCCUCUAUAAACAGUCCAAUCAACUAAGAUUCUUUUUAUUUCUUCAAAAAUAACUAGUUUCCUAAAUGAGCAAAUUUUCUUUUAUUCCUUUUAAUGUACUAAUGUUGUAAACUUGUCAGGAACCAUUUUUUUUUCUACUCUAUCCUUUCCCAUAAUACUUCCAUCUUAAUCUAUGUUAUAUACUUGGAGAACUAAGGAAAGAUUAGAGAUAGACAACGUCAUAUGAUUUUCUUUGAAUGAUACACAUUGUGCAUUCCUAAAUGGAAUAGGUUAAUAGUACACAUGAUGCGUUUUAUGACAUAAACAAAUUAAAAAAAACUUGAUCUUUCAUUUGUGAUCAGACAUGGACAAGAGUUGGAUUGCAUUGGGUAAGACACCUGAUGGAAGGAUGAGUCAGCCAUUUAUUGAUGGGGUGACAUCAUUUAUCAAAUUUGCAAUGGCAGUUGUUGACCAGGAAGGUGGUAUUGAUGCCUUAGUGGAAGAUCGAAUAAGAGGAGAACCCAACGAUGCACCCCAGAAUGAGGAAGUACAAACGUUUGAUAAACUAUUGAAUGAUGCCAAACGUGAGGUGUACUUAGGUUGCACAAACUACACUCUGUUGAAGUUUGUCAUCGAGCUGCUUAAUAUAAAGGUAACAAACCACUGGAGCAAUAAGUCGGUUAACACACUAUUGGAGUUUUUAACAAAACUUUUACCAAAAGAUAAUUUGGUUCCAAAGUCAUUUUAUGAAGCUAAGAAAAUACUUCGAGAUUUGGGCUUGUCAUAUGAGUUAAUUGAUGCUUGUAUAAAUGAUUGUGUACUCUUUUGGAAGGAAAAUGCAAGGUUAGAUAAAUGUCCAAAAUGUAAGGCAUCCAGAUACAAGAUCAAUCGUGGCAGGGGUAAGAAGAUUCCCCAUAAGGUGUUGCGGUACUUCCCAUUAACACCAAGGUUGAAAAGAUUGUACAUGUCAAGAAAGACUGCUGAGGACAUGAGAUGGCACAAGGAGAAACGUAUAGAUGACGGAGUAUUGAGACAUCCCGCCGAUAGUGAUGAAUGGAAGGAAUUUGAUGUGCAACAUCCUCAGUUUGCCCUGGAGCCUCGAAAUGUAAGGCUAGGGUUGGCUGUUGAUGGGUUCAAUCCUUUCGGGAACAUGAGCAACUCGUAUAGUUUAUGGCCUGUAGUACUCAUUCCUUAUAACUUGCCACCUUGGUUGGUUAUGAAAGAUCCCUUUCUUAUGAUGUCACUACUUAUUCCUGGAGAAUCACAACCAGGGAUCGAUAUUGAUGUCUACAUGAGACCUCUGGUGGAUGAGUUGAAUGAGUUGUGGGAAAAUGGUGCAUUAUCUUACGAUGCCGUAACUGGUGAGUCUUUCCAGAUGCGUGCAGCUUUGAUGUGGACUAUACACGAUUGGCCCGCAUUUGGUGACAUAUCUGGGUGGAGAACAAAGGGUCAUUAUUCUUGCUACACUUGCAAUGAUGAACCAUAUUUUCAAUCCUUGAAAGGUAAGACUGCAUACACUAACCAUCGAUGCUACUUGCCUCAAAACCACCCCGAAAGGCGAAAGAGUAAGGCUUACAAUGGUAAGCAUGAGAAGCAAAAGAGAUCUUUAAAGUUACCAGUGGAAAAGAUAUUAGAGCAAUUGGACAGAGUGACAGGUGUCACAUAUGGGAAGCAUCCAAGAAAUAAGAAAAGACUCCAUCAGGCACCAAAUUCGACAAAGGUAAGCAUCUUGUAUGAGUUACCAUACUGGAAGAAACGGAAGCUUCGACACAACAUUGAUGUUAUGCACGUCGAGAAGAAUUUUAGUGAAAAUACCUUUGGAACUAUGUUAGGCAUUGAUGGAAAGAACAAAGACACCGACAAAGCACGGAUGGACUUGGAAGAUAUGGGUAUAAGGAAAGAGUUGUGGUUAACACGUCAUCCUGAUGGAACUUAUGUCAAACCUAGGGCAAUCUUUUCAUUGACCCCUGAAGAGAGGGAGGGUUUCUUUGAAUUCUUGAAAUCAGUGAAGUUUCUCGGAGCUUUAAAAAAGUUUGUUACAAAACGAGCUCGAUCAGAAGGUUCAAUCGCAGAGGCUUACAUUGUCAAAGAGUGCAUUACUUUUUGUUCAAUGUAUGUUGAUGGGAUCGAAGCAGUGCAUAAUCGACCCGAACGAAAUCAAGAUCGUGGCGAACGUCACAAAGGGUUAACUGUAUUCACAGAAACUGCCCGUCCUAUUGGCCUAAUCACAAGGGAUGCUGAUAUGUCACAAGAAUAUCGUGAUAUGGCUUAUUGGUUCUUGUUGAACAAUAGCCCCGAGAUAGAGAAGUAUCUAGAGAUACAAAAAAAUCUAUUACGGACUCCAUCUGACCAAGGCAUAAUCCGUAUACAACAACAAGAGUUUCCCAAGUGGUUCAAAGAGCGGAUAAAUAUAUUGAGAGAAGAAAAGUCACCAGAAGCAACCAAUGAUUUAUGGUCAUUAGCAAAUGGCCCAAAUUUACUAGUAAAAGAGUACUCAGGUUGCAUAAUCAAUGGCGUACGGUUUCGUACAAGAGAAGUAGACAAUCGCCGUAACAGUCAGAAUAGUGGUGCGCUUACGGAAGGGGAUCAUGAGAGAGUGACGCAUGAAUUUUAUGGUCACUUGUGCAAUGUUUGGGAAUUGGAGUACAUGUGUCAUAACAAAGUUGUAUUGUUCCAGUGUGAAUGGUACAACAUAGGAAAUACAGGUCGAAGUAGAACAUUGCGAACCGAUGAUUAUUGCACAAGUAUUGAUGUCACAAGUCGGUGGUAUCAACACGACCCUUUUAUCUUGCCUAGCCAGGCUAAGCAAGUCUUUUACCUAAAUGAUACCAAAUGGGGACAACCUUGGCAAGUCGUUCAACGAGUGCAACAUAGGGGUGUCUUUGAUGUACCAGAGGUAGGCGAUGGAGAAUCAUUACAUGAACCAGAAGAAAACGAUGUGUUCCAACAAGAAACUAUUACCGAUGUUGUUCCAAUUGACAUCGGCCCUAAUGUUCAAUGUUAUAGAGAUGGUGUUGAAGCAGAAGUUGUUACAAGGGUUAGGUUAUCUGAUGAAACAAUGAUACAGAAAAGAGCUGACAAACAAAAUGAAGAGUGUGACGAACCUGAUGUGGAUUACGAUAUGGAUCUUGAUGUAGACUAG